CAUAGGUCUGCACAUAAUCUAAUCUACCUCAGACUGAACAUGGAAUGCUGCUGAAGAUUACACAGUUUAUUUGCAGCUCAUAAAUCAUUCAGAGAGGUAUCGAGACUUCAGCAUUUAUAUUUUUUCUUCUAAUCAUCGUAAUGAGUCAGACAGUCAGGAUGGUGGUUUUGGUGGUCCUCCUCCUCCUGGUAGACCACACUCACAGCUUCCAGCCACUCUUCUCAAGUAAAGGGAAUUCAACCACCCACCGCGAUAUCACACAGAGGGCAGUCCUCAUAAAGACAGCCCAGGUCUGCCGAGACAUUGCCGCAGAGGAGGGAUGGGGCUUCAGCCUGACCAUCGAUGACAGCCUGACAGUGGAGAAGGUGCAAAGGGCCUGCUCCUCUACAGGGACCUCCACUUCUGUUUUGUCCACCGUCAGGUAUCAAACUUCUAUUGCCAUUAUGUACUUCACCAAUGCAUUAGUGGACGUGGUAUUUGCGCUGAGCGAGGAGCACCAUUUUGACGAUGAAACCUUCACCGGAGGCCGAGACGUGAUCACCGCAGGUGUGUUUGCUGUCAAGUCCAGCGUGAAGCAGGAGAACUACGGGGCUGGGAGGUUGGUUCUAGGACAAGUGUGUCACACCCUGCAGGACUUCUACAGCCACAGUAACUGGGUGGAGCUGGGGAAUAAGUCUCCUUACGCCGCCCUGAUCAAACCUGAUCAAACUCUGGAGAACCUGGCAGGCCCAAGUGUUCCAACCUGCAGAAACUGUACCGAUGGCAAUUGUGAAAAUAACCUUCUGCCUGAUCUUCAGCAGCAGGGACUUCUCACUUCCGGCUACUUCAACCUGUUCUCAUCAGAAAAACCUGCAGGUAAAUGCAGUCACGGUGGCUCCUUUGAUAAGACAAGCAGAAAGGACCCAAUCGGAGGCAUCAGUAAGGACGACACUGGGUCCAGUCAUGGAUCACUUCAUCACCAAGCAGCUGAUUUGGCUGUGAAUGCCACUGUGGAAUUAUUGGAGGACAUCAGAUUAGCAGUCGGAAACAAGAAAUUCCUGCAACUGAUGGGCCUCUCUCAGUCCACUGUGCUGUGUUUUGUUAUCGACACCACGGGGAGCAUGAGUGACGACAUUGCAGAGGCAAAGAGAGUGUCCUUUGAAAUCAUCGACAGUAAAAGGGGGACGCAGCAGGAGCCGUCUGCUUACAUACUGGUACCUUUCAAUGACCCAGGUUUUGGACCUCUGGUUAUGACAACGAAUGCAGACAUCUUCAAAGACAGCAUCAACGCCCUGACUGCUAGUGGAGGAGGAGACAUCCCAGAGAUGUGUCUGUCUGGACUUCAGCUGGCCUUGACUGCUGCACCGUCUACAUCUGAGAUCUUCGUCUUCACCGAUGCUCCCGCUAAAGAUGCUCAUCUGAAAAGCACCAUCACUGCUCUUAUAGAAAGCUCCAAAUCUGUGGUUACUUUCAUGCUGACGGAUGUCCUGGCCAGUCGACGGCGCAGAAGCCUUCAGGGGGUGAGGCCACGUGCCAUGAGCCAAGCAGAUGCUCAGCUGUACCGUGACCUAGCGCGAGCAUCUGGAGGUCAGGCUAUUGAGGUCACCAAGGAUGACCUCUCUAAGGCCACCACGGUCAUAGAGGACUCCUCUGCCAGCGCUGUAGUGACAGUUUUUCAAGUAGUGAGCAAUCCUGGAAAGCCAGAUAAUUUCAGUUUUACUGUUGACGGAUCUCUAAAGAACAUGACUGCCUACAUCACAGGAAAAUCAUCUCUCACCUUCAGUAUCACCAGCGCUACAGGUGUAACUCAAAGCUCCAGUGAGUCCAGUGGUCCUCUGGCAACAUUAACCACAACAGGAAACCUCCGCCGGUUAAGUCUUAACGCUGAGAAUCAAACGGGAUUAUGGGAAAUUAGUGUCAACUCUAACGAUCCCUACUCGGUCAAAGUCAUAGGUCAAAGCUCAGUGAACUUCAUCUAUAACCUUGUAGAAGCACAUGAAGGAGCCCACGGUGAUUAUAGUCUAAAGGAGGGGCGUCCACUCACAGGUGGUAAUGCCACCAUCUUGGUCACUGUGACAGGAAGUGACACAGUAACAGUCAAAGAGGUCACACUGUUUGACAGCUCCGGACCGACAGAGGUCAACGGCACGUUACAGUCAGUGGGAAGUGGUAGCUUCCUGGUGACAUUCACUGACGUCCCAGCAGGGGACUUUGUACUCCGUCUAAAAGGAGAGGACAGCGCCACCUCCAGGUCAACACACAGCAGCUUCCAGAGGCAGGCGUCCACUCAGAUAAAGCCCUCCAGCAUCUCUGUUACUACUCAGACCAACAACACCAGUGCAGAACCAGGCUCCACCAUCUCCGUCAACUUCACAGUGGCCGCAACCUCCAACGGUGUUGUUAAUGAAACAGCCACCGGGACGUUCACGAUCCAAGCCAACAACGAUCGGAGCUACACGUCCACAUCACCAAGCACACUCACCAUAGCAAGUGGGGGGAAAGCUGAGGGCACUGUAACCUUAACGGUACCGUCAAGCGCCGCAUCCGGGACAGACGUGACGCUUACCAUCGAGGCUCAAAACGCAGACGCCACUGACAUCAACUAUGCCGUCCUCAGGUUUUCUGUGGCAGCCAAGGUGACCGAUACCACCAGUCCAACAUGCCAGGUCGUCAGCACAACCAACUGCACCUCAUCCUCUUCGGCCUGUUCGUCUUUACAGUGGAUGUUUGUGGCUAAUAUCACAGACGGCGUCAACGGGACCGGUAUUGAGAGUGUCAGCAUCAACCAAGGGAAUGGGACCCUCAACACCAGCACAGCGGUGGGAAUGGAUGGCAUGAACAUCACAGUGGUUUCCUACAGCGCCUCCUGCUGCUCACAGAGCGUACGGCUGGCUGCUGUAGACAAUGUAGGGAAUGUGGGGAUAUGUGAAGGAAAGGCUGUGACAUCCACUGGAGGGCGCACUCUGACCGUUUCACACUGGCUCUGGAUCAGCGUUGCGCUUUCUAUCAUUUGGCGCUGAUUUGAAUCUGGAGUAUUUACCCUGCAAAUAUUUAACAGUACGACACGAAUCAGAAUUUUUUUUUUUUUUUGUCCAUCAGCAUAAUUUAUAUUUCCUGUCACUUAUAGGAAAUGUUUUUCUUUCCCUGCUCUUUUAGUUAGAUGUUGGAUUUCACUAACACUAAAGAAAUCCUCUGUCUUACAGUCUAAUGAUAGAUUCAGUAUUUUCCUGUGUUCUACUCUUUUAUUAUUCAUAACGCUAAAAGGUCACUGUUAGAAAUAAAUGUUUUAACUAAAUGAGGAUUUCAGCUUGUUAAAUAAAGGAUUACAUAUAUACAUAUAUAUUCUAUGUGUACUUGUUUCAUGUGUUUUUUGUUUUUUUUUCUAAGGUCUUGAUGUGGUCUGCUUUGGGAAUUAAGUAUUAAACAAAUUAUCUGUUCUUAAUUUUGUCAAGGAAUUAUUUUCUAAUGAGUGAAUUUCCAACUGAAUAUCAAUAA